AUUAGGUGCUGCUCAUUAAUGGCAAUAAUUAUCCCUAGUCUCCGAGAGAGUAACCGAUUUGAGAUUUUUGACCAUUUUGUGCAAAAGUAGUAAUAUUUAAAUUAAAUUAAUAUUAUAAAAGUGAAGGUACUUCUACCGUAUUCACACGGACGAUCGGCUGUGUCAUUUGUUGUGCGCGCUCGUUUUCAUCACAUAAUCACAUUCACUCAAAAGGUGUUUUCCAUCGCCAAAUCGAAAAUUUGAAAACUCAAUUCACUUUGUGGAUUUGAUAUCGUAAUUUAUCUCGAAAAUUUUCAUUUCUUUCUCCAUCUGUAGCAGAUCAACAUGGAUUUGAUGAAGGUCUUCGAUCAAGCGGUUCGCGAAAUAAAAAGGGAGGUAAAUUUGAAGGUGUUGAAGGUUCCAGAAAUCGAACAGAAGGUUUUGGAUGCUACAGAUGACGAGCCUUGGGGUCCACAUGGCACAGUAUUGGCGGAGAUAGCACAGGCCACAAAGAAAUUCUCUGAAUGCAGGAUGGUUAUGAAUGUCCUGUGGACAAGACUGACUGAGACGGGAAAGAAUUGGCGUUUAGUCUACAAGGCGUUGUCUGUCAUUGAAUAUCUGGUGGCUCAUGGAUCUGAGCGUGCUGUUGAAGACAUAGGAGAGCAUACCUACCAGAUAUCUUCUCUAGCAAGUUUUGAGUAUGUCGAGCCUAGCGGGAAGGAUCUUGGGAUAAAUGUAAGGAAAAAGGCUGAAACCAUCAGCGCUCUUCUGAAUAACCAAGAAAAGAUACAAGAAGUAAGGAACAAAGCUGCUAUCAAUCGCGACAAGUAUUUUGGGCUUUCGUCAUCUGGAAUAACAUAUGGGUCAGGUGCAGCCUCAUUCAGUAGCAAUAGCUUUAGGAGCAGUGAUAGAUAUGGAGGUUUUUGUAAUACGGGAGAUACUGAUACAUUUAAGAGCAGCUACAAAGACGGGAAUCGAUAUGGUGAAGAGAAGUUUGAGAGGAUUAGCAAAUUGACAAAAGAGCCUUCUAACUAUGGCAGUAAAGAACAAGGAUCAGCUACAUCUGGUACAUCAAAAACUGCAAAUUCAGAUGCAUAUUCUUCCACACAAGGUGCACCAUCAAACAAGUAUGAUGAAGAUUUUGACGAUUUUGAUCCACGGGGAACUUUGACUUCAAAAUCUUCUACUGGAAGUAACCAAGUGGAUCUCUUCGGACAAAAUUUUGUUGAUUUUUUUGAUGCUCCAGUAUCUCAUGCAAAAGAUAAUUCUACUUCUCACAAAAGUGGUCAACCAGAGGUGGAUUUAUUCGCUGUUUCCAAUAAUUCUACUUGUGUGAAAAAGGAUCAGCCAGAAAUCGAUUUGUUCGCUGAUGCCAAUAAUUCUUCUCUGAGAAAAGAUCAGGCAGAAGUUGAUUUGUUUGCUGAUUCCAAUUUUAUAUCAGCUACACCGGAGCUGAAAGUAGAGGAAAGUUCAGUAUCUUCGGCCAAUGUUGAUCUGUUUGCUGCCCAACCAACUCCUGCUCUUUCAUCUACAAUGGAUUUUUUCGCUGCAGCCAAUCCGGUUUCGAUGCCUGACAACAAGGAUUCGAAAAGUGGUACAACUAGUUUCACCGGUGACCCAUUUGCUGCAGUUCCACUGAACAAAUUCGAUGGACUGGAUUCAUUUGGUGCAUGCACUUCUCUGAGAGAUCCUUUGUCAACACUAUCUAGCAGUAGCUCUCCUAAAAAUGGUAGUCAUGGAAAUGCAAAUGAGUCUUCUGUAGAGACCAAGACCUCACCCAAGAAGCAAACAUUUCAAGUCAAUUCUGGAAUAUGGUCAGAUUCCUUGAGCCGAGGAUUAAUUGAUCUAAAUAUAACUGCACCGAAGAAGGCGAACCUAGCAGACUUGGGUAUUGUUGGUGGAUUGACAGACCGUUUAGAAGAAAAAGACAGAGGAGGACGGGCAUCUUCUUUUAACAUGGAUCAAGCCAUGGGCUUUGGAUUGGGUGCUGGUAAAUUCACAUUGCCCCGAACAUCAACAAGCGGUGAUUUCUUCUCGAGCCUAAGCAGCCAACACUACCAACAUGGAGCCUCCCAGAAAUGAGUAAACUUCUCUUCUUAAGUUCUACUACAAUACUGUUUAUUCCAUGCACUUUAUUUACUUGCAACUAUCAUCUACUAAAUCCAAAAUCGUCAAUUUGUGUGAACAUAGUUUCAGUAUAUUGCGUGGAGCACACCUAUACACAUAUAUGUAUGUUUGAAAUACAUGAGUUUUGUUCUUGGACAGUGGUUUGAACAGAAUUAUAGACAUGAUUUUUAGGGUGUCUAUCAAGUAAAAUAGAUUAGUUUACAUUUUUGAAUAAUCAUCAAGGUAAAGAUGGCCAUUCAGGUGCUGCAUGCCAAAUAAUGUGACAGUUAGAAAGCCUCAUUAUCAUCUAGGUACAAAUUUUAGUGUUUCUUUGUUACCCUUUAGUUUCAACAGUUUAGUAAUGGU